GAGAGAGAGAGAGGGAGAGGAGGGAUCUGGAAGUGAGAGACGGAGAGAGUGAGAGUGAGAGUGUGAGUGGAGGAGUGAGGACCGGAGCUCCGACACUUUUACGAUCACUCCUUUAGUUAUUUUUCCUUCUUUCUAUCCGAUAAAAUUCGGUAAGGACGUUUAAGUGUAAUCCUCAGAACCGGAGUGUGUGAGGAGGAAAGAAGGAACAGAGGAGAGCGGAAUAGAGAAAAUAAGAAUAAACGGAAGAAGGAGAAGACAGGAUGUGGAGGUGUCCAAGACAGAGCGCAAGCUCUUUUUUAUUACCGACCCGGGUUUACCGAACCGGAGCUGAUUUCCGGAGCGCGUGAAGAACAGAACAGUGGAUGAAGUACAGAGGUGUGAGCUGGAUGUGUGCACACGGGAGAAGAAAGGUCCCGGGCUCCAGAUGUCCCACCGCCUGAAAUUGUCCUGGGCUGAGACCCAGUGGAGUGUAACGGAGAGGAAAGGAGGAGUCGUGGGCUUCUCAGCUUCUCUGCUCCAGGGCUGCUGUUGCAAUUUCACACAGGCUCUGGGCCAAACGAGUCCUGCCGUGCUUUGAUAUUUUAGCAUGGAUGGCGCCAAUCAAGGACCCUCUGACCUUAAGAACGAGAUCGUGGCGCUAAGGUGGAGGACUAGCAAUUAUCUAAGGAUUAACCCUGGACUUCCUCUCUGUGAACUGUGCAUUAGUGAGAUCCUAUAAAGCACCACGCUGGAUUUACUUCUCCUCCUUUUAAACCACAGAUUUUGUGGGUGGCUUUGAGUUUUUUUUUCUUUUUUCUUUCAUUCUCAUUUUCCCACAAUGGAGUUCCAAGUCGGACUGUGGAAUAACGAUUGGACCUCGUUUAUUCGAUUUUGGUUUACUGUGUUGCUGAGUUUGCAUGUGCAGUUUGAUCCCGUUGCAUCAUGUCCCAAAGAAUGUCGUUGUGACAAAACUUUUAUAUACUGUAAUGAGAGGAGUUUGACAUCUGUGCCUCUGGGGAUUGGGGAGGGAUACAAGAUUCUUUACCUUCACAACAAUCAGAUCAACAGCGCUGGAUUUCCAUUGGAGCUCCAUAAUGUGGCGUCAGUGGAGACUGUCUACUUGUAUGGGAACCAGCUGGACGAGUUCCCCCUGAACCUUCCCAGAAAUGUAAAAAAACUCCAUUUACAGGAAAACAACAUUCAGACCAUUUCAAGAGCAGCACUUGCCCAGCUACCCAAGCUGGAAGAACUGCACUUGGACGACAACUCCAUCUCUACAGUUGGGGUGGAGGAAGGGGCUUUUCGUGAAGCGGUAAACCUAAAGCUCCUCUUCCUCACCAAGAAUCACUUGAGCAGUGUUCCUAUUGGAUUACCAGCAGAUCUUAAGGAAUUGCGUCUGGAUGAAAACCGCAUCGCAGAGAUAGAUGAAGGAGCUUUUCAAAAUGUUACUAAUCUCCAGCGGUUGGUGCUGGAUGGAAACCUUCUGGAGGAUGAUGCCAUUGCUCCUGGUACCUUUAAGAACCUGGUGAACCUAAAAGAGCUUUCGUUAUCCCGGAAUUCCCUCACCAUCCCACCACCAUUGCUUCCUUCUUUGUCUCUUGGUAAACUUAACCUGCAGGAGAACCAGAUUAAAGACAUUUCUGCUUCGGUUUUCUCUGAGCUCAGGAAGCUUGAGAAGCUUGAUCUUUCCACAAACCUGCUACAGACUGUUCCACAGGGUGUGUUUGAUGGACUGAGCAGCCUUACACAUCUCAAUGUCCGGGGCAACCCUUGGCGCUGUGAUUGUGCUAUUAAGUGGAUUGUGUUUUGGCUGAAGUCUUUACCGUCUUCUGUGAAUGUCCGAGGAUUUGCAUGUCAACAACCAGACAGGCUAAAGGGCAUGAUCAUUCGAGAACUCAACCUUGAUCUCCUUCAGUGUCCAGCUGGUACUGAAAUUGAUCCAUGGCUCACUCACUUACCUCCAUCUCCAUCACCACCUCGUAGGACCACCGUCCUUCCUAGGACCACCUCCAUCACCACCAUGUCAUCCACAGUUUUCUACCCAACCACAACUAUUCCCACACUUCCGAUGCCCAAUUUCCCACCUGCUCCCUAUCCACCCUAUGAAGACCCUUUGAAAAUAUCUUUGAAUGUGGUGAACAGCUCAUGUGUCGAGGUGAGCUGGGAAUCUUAUUUCACUGUGACUGCAUAUAAAGUUACCUGGGUCAAAAGGAGUCAGAACAUAAUGACGGAUAUCAGCCAAGAGAGGACAGUUCCUGGAGAGCAAAGGAGGCUUAACUUGUAUGACUUGGAACCUAGAUCCAAGUACCGGAUCUGUGUUUACAUUCUGGAUUCCUUAAAUAGUUACAGACCUGGAGAGGAUACGAUCUGUUCAGAGAUCAGGACCAAAUCGGCCUCCAGAACCUCCAUCAAUCCAUCAGAGUCGGAUCAGGUGGCGCAACAGGACGUCAUGUCUACGUUCCUUUUAGCCGGUGUGAUCGGCGGUAUUGUGCUGCUCGUUUUGAUUAUUUUACUCAGUCUGUUUUGCUGGUACAUGCACAAGAAGAGCAGGUCUUCUUCUUCCUCAUCCAAAUGGAAAUACAACAGAGGAAGGAGAAAAGACGACUACUGUGAAGCCGGCACCAAGAAAGACAACUCCAUCCUGGAAAUGACCGAGACCAGCUUCCAGAUUGUGCCAUUGAACAAUGAGCAGCUUCUAAAGGGUGAUUUCAGGAUCCAGCCCAUUUACACGCCCAACGUUGGCAUUGGAUACAGAGACUGCCACCUCAGCAACAAUAGCAUUGUUUAUUGCAAAAGCAGCAAUGUUCCUGGUGUGGAAUUCUGCCACACGUGAUGCUAUGAACAUUUUUUAAAGACAUAAUAAAAAUUCACUGUACGAUUGUACAAUGCACACACACACAUACAGUACACACACACAGUUUUAUAUUAAAAGCAAAAUCUAAAUAUGAAUAUAUUCCCUCAUGCUAAUUUAUAUUGCAGACGUGGAAUUCAGCUUUGGGUUUGUUCUUUAUUUUUCUUAGCAAAUGGUUUUGUAAUUAGCGUGGACUGGUGAAAGUCAGUUGUGUUUGUGUAAUCAAGGCUGGUGUUAAGUGCAUUAGUGAAGGUUUUCUGCCUCUCGGGUGUGAAUGUGAAUACCUCGCUAAGACUCGGAAUACAAACCCCAGCGGAGAAACGGUAGUUAAGAUAACAAACUGGUGAGGAGAAUGAAACAGCGCUGAUUAGCUUGCAGUGGAAACAAUAAUACAGGAGUGGAGUCACUUUUACUUUUGACUUUUUUUCCGCAGUCGACGUGGCGGAGUGAAGCGGUCGCUCAGGAAAUGAGCUUUUUAAGAAAGUCACAUCUGAACACGGUUACAACAUUUCAACACCACAAAAUCCUGCAAGGGGCAGAAAGAGAGAGAGAGAGAGAGAGAGAGAGAGAGAGAGAGCGUGCGAGAGAGACCACGAGCUGAUCUACAAGCUGGUGGACUGUUUGGUUUGGCGUCCUGCUACCAGAGGGCAAGUUUUUUCUCUCUCUAGGAUUCUUUCAACCAUUAACCAAACAUUACAGAUCCAGUGCCACUAAUUUCAUAUUACUUUUUUUGUUUUUGCUGUCGUGUUUAGGUUUUCAUGUUAAACACAGUCAGAUAUUCAGAGGGCUGCUGGGGCUCUGUGAGGUUUCUGGGGCAGGUGUGUAUGAGCUCAUGCGCUCGGUCACUGUCUGUCUCACUCUGGAGACUCCUUACAUAUCGUCUGAGAGGGUUUAAAGUUAAUGAGAGCUGGAGUGAUAUCUCUGCAAACAAUGUGAUAUUUGGUCCAUAUUGAGUUUGACACCUUGGAUAAUCAUCCUUUACUCUCUCUGUCUCACUCUCUGUCUCUCUCUCUGUCUCACUCUCUGUUUCACGUUCUGUCUCACUCUCUGUAUCAUGCUCUGUCUCACUCUCUGUCUCACUCUCUCUCAUCUUGGGUUACAGAUAUAGUUUGUAUUUUCUUCUCUUUUCCUUUUCGCAGUGUUAGUGUAAUCAGGCAGCUGUUUAGGUAGAAUGAUAAAUUGUGGGGCAGCAAAAAAAAUGCUUCUUAAAUCCAACAAGCUGGUGUGUGCCAGUGCUCGGUUUGCCCUCAGAUCCCUGCAUGAGGGCAAUUAAAACUAUUUUUAAUGCUGUGCUGGUUUUUCCGAGCCAGGGCGCCUGCUUAUGGACGGCAUUUUUUUCAUGGUGGAGAACUGGUUUUCCUGCGCCGUUACUCUCUGACUUUAUUUGCUUUGACAAGAUUUUAUUUCGUGGGUCAAGUUCAAAGAAUCUCUACCCUCUCACUCAUAAUCCCUGGUUCUGAAAACAAGAGAAGAAAGAAAAAGAGAAAGGACGAGAAAUAUGCAGAGGUUAUUUUCGCCCUGGAGGAAAGAAUCGAGAGAGAGAGAGAGAGAGAGAGAGAGAGAGAGAGAGAGAGAGAGAGAGUUUAACUCUUUCUAGACCUGCAGGCUAAUCAUUCUGAGCAAAUAAACCCAGAUUGUGAACAUCCUCGAGCUCAGAUUAUUAAAGUACAGAUGUGAUGUGAACUCCACAUGUUCCAUCUGUAAAAAAACCACAAGUAUUUUGUUCAUGUACAAAAACAGAUGUGUGUGUCUGAAAAAGAAGAAAGGAGAAAGAGCUACUGCACUGCGGCUCCUGAGGUAUUUCUGUCAGACGGCUCUGACCCAAGCUCCUGCCCGAGGCUCCCGGUUCCAUCACUUCAUUUUACUCUGAACCUUUUACACAGCGAGAUCAUUUUAUCAGAAAUUUAUCAGUUCCUCUGAUAGAAAAAAGUUACAAAAGUUUGUUCUUUAAGAAAUUAAUGAAUAAGAGAAAUAAAACAAGUUAAAGAGGAGAAUCAGCUUCAGGCUGUGAGAGAAACUCAUCAGUGUGGAUUUUACUGCUCUGGUGUAAUGAUGCAGUUGCUGAGCCACCAGUUUCCAGCUCUGAGGCUAAAGUAGCUAACGUUUAGCGUUAAGUGUUAAGUAAUGGAAGCAUAUAGCCUCCAGUUUAGCACUGUGCUCUGACUCUGUCAUGCAGUUUGUACAACGCUACGCUGUCAUGUUGUAACAUGGCAGCUCCUCUUUCUUGCUCUAAAUGAGUCGAUCUUCAUGUUUCAUAGUAAAAAAAUAAGAUCCAGGGUUUAUUUUAUUGAAAAGCAAAUCAUGUCCUGUGUAGCCACAAUGAUUAACAACUCAUCUGACUUACAGUAGCAACCAUACUAGCGCUUCCUGAAAACGAGCACAGAAGCACAGAAGGCAGAAGGCAGCAGUGGUAAUUAAAGCAGGAGAGGGUGCAGGUUUUUUUGGUGUGUGUUUUUUGUGUGUUUUUUUGUGUUACAGUGACUCUGAGACUCAGAUGUUGAUGUUUUGUGUUUAUGUGCAGAACGAAUUUGCGGCUUUUAGUCACACGAUCGAUCUUUAUGUCCGUACAUAUUUAGCUCUGUUGAAGAAAGUGGAACCUUCCAAAGAUCUAUUUAAUUAUUUAAUUAUUUAAUUUGAAUAAAGAACACACAUCUGCAUAUUUUGGAAAAACAACAAAAAGCCAUAAUGUGUUUAAAUCUCAAGCAUUUCAACAGUUAGCUUUAGCUGCAGCUCCAGAACAACAUCAACCACGGCAACGAUCCACAGCAACCAAAGUGACUUGUUCUUGUCCACACUCUCAUUCUUGUCUCAUGUACGUGCCUUGAAAUAAAAUUACAGUGUAGUCCUCGACACCUUUAAAGUUUUUUGCACAAAUUGUACAUAAAGACAUUUUUUUUCUUCCUCUUUGUUUUUUUUGUUUUUUUUAAUAAAUAACUUGGAUUUGAA